AUGGCGAUAGUUGCCUAAAUGAUUCAAUAACUUUUCGAAUUUUAAGGCGGAUUUUCCAAAACUAUUAAGUAAUUACAAGAAUAAGCUAAAAAUUACAAUAAUUGCUAUAGAGAAUCAUAUUAAGAAAUCAUGAAUCAUUAUUAGUAAUAAAAAGGAAAAGAGAUUAAAUCAGAUCUAAUUAAUAAUCUAUAAGAAUUAAGUUAAAAUCCUUAAGAAAGUACUUAAAUUUCUUUAAAUAAACAUUUUGAUAAAUUGUCAAAAUAAUAUGAAAUUUUUAAUGAAAAUAUUUUAGAAUAUUAUUUUUAGAAAUUAGAAUUUGAUAAAUUUUACUAAGAUUCUUAGCUGGAAAAGAUGGUUGAAAAAUAAAAUAGAAGAUAUUUUCACUUUAAUAUACAAGAAAUAAAUCCUUUAAAUUUUGAUUUGAUAAAUUAGAUCACUUUCUAAUAAUAAUAAUUGAUUUAAAAGUAAAAUAAUUAAUUUUAUUAAAAUGAGCAAUUUAACAAUUAUAUUUCUUAAACAACUUAUUUAGUAUAACAAUUAAUUCAAAUUAGAGAAAGAAAAGAAAAAGAAAUUAAAGAUAAGAUUGAAGAAAAUAAUAAAUUACAAGAGGAGAUUAGAAGAUAAUAAGAAGAACUUUAAAAAAAAAUGAUUGGUGAUACUAAUAAUGUGAAUCAAGAAAAUGAAAAUAAUAAUUAUGACAUUGAUAAUUUGUCUGAAACUGAAGAAUUAACAUAAUCAUGCUAAGAAUGUGGAUAACAAAUUAAGUUUAAUCAUUUCUUAACAACAUGUUUGCAUUAUUAUCAUGAAGAAUGUAUAAUAUAAAAAAUAAAGGCAAAUUGUAAUUAAACAAAUAUUUUUUGCAGUUGUAACAGUUUGAUAAACUCUAGAAUGAUCAAAGAUGCAUUAAAACAUUAAUAACAAAGCCAAAACUCGUUUACAUAUGAAAACUUUUUAUAAAAUCAAGUUUAAUAAUUAAUAAGGUAAUGUAAAAAAGACUUUACUAAAUGUUAAUGUGGUUUCUUAUACAUUUCUGAUAUUCAAGAAGAAAUAAAUAAUUGUAUUAAUUGUUAAUGA